GUGCGUCGGCCCUUGAUUGCAAAGGAUCUUCUGGUUAAGAGCUUCCAAAUCCAGUCUCUCCUCCUAUUCCCUUGCUCUUCAGAUCUCGCUCGGUCCACUCAAGUCCGCAAGGAAAAAAUGGAGACCUUCCUAUUCACAUCCGAGUCUGUGAACGAAGGACACCCAGACAAGCUCUGCGACCAGAUCUCCGAUGCAGUCCUCGACGCGUGCCUCGAGCAAGACCCCGACAGCAAGGUAGCCUGCGAGACCUGCACCAAGACCAACAUGGUCAUGGUCUUCGGGGAGAUCACCACCAAGGCCAAGGUUGAUUACGAGAAGAUUGUCCGCGACACCUGCCGCGAGAUUGGGUUUGUGUCCGACGAUGUCGGGCUUGACGCUGACAACUGCAAGGUCCUGGUCAACAUCGAGCAGCAGAGUCCCGACAUUGCUCAGGGUGUCCACGGCCACUUCACCAAGCGCCCCGAGGAGAUUGGAGCUGGUGACCAGGGUCACAUGUUCGGUUAUGCCACCGAUGAGACCCCCGAGUACAUGCCCUUGACCCACGUGCUCGCCACCAAGCUGGGAGCCCGCCUCACCGAGGUCAGGAAGAACGGCACCUGCGCGUGGUUGAGGCCCGAUGGCAAGACUCAGGUCACCAUCGAGUACUACAACGAGAACGGAGCGAUGGUCCCCGUCCGCGUCCACACCGUCCUCAUCUCCACCCAGCACGACGAGACCGUCACCAACGAUGAGAUCGCUGCUGACCUCAAGGAGCAUGUGAUCAAGCCUGUGAUCCCCGAGAAGUACCUUGACGAGAAGACCAUCUUCCACCUCAACCCAUCUGGCCGUUUCGUCAUUGGAGGCCCCCACGGUGAUGCUGGUCUCACCGGACGGAAGAUCAUCAUCGACACCUACGGUGGAUGGGGUGCCCACGGUGGUGGUGCUUUCUCUGGAAAGGACCCCACCAAGGUGGACAGGAGUGGAGCUUACAUCGUGAGGCAGGCUGCCAAGAGCAUUGUUGCCAACGGCCUUGCUCGCAGGUGCAUUGUGCAGGUGUCCUACGCCAUUGGUGUCCCCGAGCCACUGUCGGUCUUUGUUGACACCUAUGGUACCGGGAAGAUCCCGGAUAGGGAGAUCCUGGAGCUCGUGAAGGAGACGUUCGACUUCAGGCCGGGGAUGAUGACCAUCAACCUCGAUCUCAAGAGGGGAGGCAAUAAGAGGUUCUUGAAGACGGCGGCGUACGGGCACUUCGGAAGGGACGACCCCGACUUCACCUGGGAGGUCGUCAAGCCGCUCAAGGUCAAGGUUGCUGACAAGCCUCAAGCUUGAUUGAAAAGAGAGAGAGAGAGUUUGAUCUCCUAUUAUCCGUUCCCGUUGGUGUCUUUCUCCUGAACUGCGGCCAGAUAGUUUGCUGAAAUAAUUGGGUCUUUUGUUUUUGUUUGUUUGUUUUUUUUCUUUUCUCGCUAUGGAUGAAGCGAUGCUAUGUCUGUUUGUGUCCUGGUAACUUACAGUGAAGAUACCUUUUGUGUUCAAUUCUGAUAUCUUUGUUCAAACGGUUAUAUUUCUAGAAAUGGCUUGAUUCUGCUUCCAGUGUGCGUGUCGGUGCGGUUCUAGAGGGAGUGCAGGGAUUUGUAAUUGGCACCACCGCCACUGGAAAGAAUGAUUGCGGUUUAUUUUGUAUUAGCAGUAUUUUGAUAUAUGCGUGGCAGCAACAUUGCAGUAUUCUGUUAUUAGUCGUUGAAUUCAGUGUCUCAUGCCAAUGGAUGAGAGAAGGAAAAUACCAGAUCCAGCAAUUUAUAAAGCUGUACAAACGUGGUAUUUUCAGCUGCUUACUAGUACUGGAACAAUUAAGCACCACCAUCAGGCAUUUAAUCAUCAAGCGGUUUUGGUCCCCCCCGAACUGAGAAGUGUCUUAUAGUUCUCAUAAUAUGUGUGUUGAUUGUCUUGCUUCUUCAGAACUGGAAAGUGUAGUGUGCCGAUUAUCUUGUUGGGUGAAGGUACUUCUUGUCGUUUGGUUU